AUGGCGGCGGGCCGGGCGCUCCUCGCGCUGCUGCUCCUCGCCGCGCUCCUCUCGGCCUCGGCGCAGCUCCCGCGGCGGGAAGUUUCCUUUACUGUCUCUCUUCGUACCACGGACAACAUCACCGUUACGAUUAAACUGAGACCUGGGGCUCCACAGGGCUGUCAGAUUCGUGCCAAAUAUCUACCCAGAUAUGACCUCAAGAUAAAGCCUGGGGAGAAUGUAACUUUCACCUUCACUUGUAAAACUCCGGAGGAAUAUUUCAUCAUGGAAAUUCAGAAGAAUAUUGACUGUGUAUCAGGUCCAUGUCCUUUUGGAGAUGUCCACCUAUACCCACCAGGACUACCUCGUCUUAACAGGACUUUCAUCUGGGAUGUGAAAGCCAGUACAAAGGCUGGGCUUGAACUGAAAUUUGCCACCCCAUGGUUAAGGCAGAUUGAACCAGGAGCUACAUGUCCAGAUUUCAUUAGGUACAAUAUCAGCAGCUGCAUCGACACAGCCACGGUCAACAUCGGCACCUUCUGCAGAGGGGGCUCGGUGUCUCGGGUCAAACUGCAAGGAGGGGUCAUCAUGGCUUUGUAUCUCCCGUGGAACUCGUCUCCCGUCACCUCAGGAUUUAACAUAGCAAAUAGGUCUUCCAUCAAAAGGUUAUGCAUUAUUGAAUCCACUUUGAAGGAGGAGUCUUCAGUCACCCUCAUGUCCCCCAACUACCCGCUGGGCUUCCCAGAGGACGAGCUCAUGACGUGGCAGUUUGUUGUUCCGUCCAACCUGAGGGCCAGUGUGUUUUUCCACAACUACAGUCUCUCCAACUGUGAAAGGAAAGAGGAGAGGGUGGAGUACUACAUACCUGGCUCAGUGAGCAAUCCAGAGGUGUUCAAGCUGAGUGACAUACAGCCUGCCAAUAUUGCUGGCAGUUUCAACCUGUCCCUGCAGGGCUGCGACCAGGAUGCCCAGAACCCCGGAGUCCUCCGUUUGCUUUUCCAGGUUGUGGUUCAACACCCUCAGAUUGAUGAGAAUGUCACCCAUUUGGUUGAUCUGAGCAGGGAAUGGGAUAUGACUGUAACGAUACACCCGGAAGGGUGGCCCAGCUGGAGCCCCUUCGGCUCUGAACCCAUCUGCCUGGUCUGCAGGGAUCCUCGCAGCUGUGAUCGCGCCCUCACUUUGGUGUCUGGUGCCGUCUACAAGAUUUCCUUCCUGUGCAAAGACUUGGCCCGCCUGAGGAUCACGGCUGAAAAACAAAUAAGCUGCGUUGAUUUUUGGCGCUGCCAAGGGAAGAUCUACARCCUUUCGGUGCCCAAGGCUAUUACCCAGUUGCCAGUUCGACUGCAUAAGUUUAUUUGGAAGCUCUUGGCUCCGGAGCAGAUCAAUGUGGAAAUUACGUCUCCAACCUCGAAACUUCAGCAACACGUCCAAGAGCAGAGGUGCAGCACGAGCUACAGUUACAGCAUCAACAGUGCCACCCCAGAGAGGGAUUUAAACGUUGGUGUCUUCUGUCCUGGAGGGUCUAUUGAAAAGAUUCAGAUGAGGAACAAUGUUACCAUAUCUUUAAAAACAUUCGGUAAAGGAUUCCUUAAUGACUCCAGUCGUCAGGAUCUGAAAAUGUCUUUUGUGCAACAUAUUAAAGAUGAAUGCACGUUCACUGUGAGGCCAGACCCAGGGGCCAAGCUCUACCUCCAGGCGCCCAGCGGGCCCCACGGGCUGCCUCCCUACGUCUCGAUCUCGUGGUACGUGGYGGUGCCCAGCAAGCAGGUCGCUCGCCUGGGCUUCUCCAGGGAGCGCCUGGGCGUUGCGUGCGAGACGGGCCGAGCCUACGUGAACAUCCAGGAGCAGAGGCUCGGCGCGGAGGAAACCGUGCGCCGCGAGGACGAGGCUCUGCCCCAGCCCCUGCACAUGUACCACAGCUUCUGGGUGAACGUCUCCAACUGCAAGCCUGCCGACAGGACGCACCUCAGCUUGCAGUUCUGGGUGACUUUUGCUGAGAAAAAGAUGGAUCUCGCAGUGAUAAUUGCUGUGGUGGCUGGGGCUGGACUCCUCGUGGCCAUUGGACUCGUCGUGUGCUGCGUCAGGAAGAACAGGAAGAAGAAAAACCAGAAUCCCAUGGUGGGAGUGUACAAUGCCAACGUGAAUACCCAGAUGCCUGGAAAACAGGGAUUAUUCAAAAAAGGGAGGAAGAACAACGAGUCUCACGUCUACGCGGUGAUUGAUGAUGCUAUGGUCUACGGGCACCUGCUGAAGGAAUCCAACGGCUCAUUUGGCCCAGAAGUUGAUGUGUACCGGCCUUUCGAUGGCCCCGUUGGUAGCUUGCCACCUUCUCCACCUCCUCUGUCUUUCAGAAAAGACAUUAAACUCUCUCCUAGUGUAGAGGAACCUCCACAUCUGACAGAAACAGACCACGACGCUUACACAUUUGCUCACCAGAAAUUGGGGGAACCAGAGAAGGAGGGAGAUGCAAAUGAGAAAAGUAAUGGAGACACGAGCACAUCCUUGCUGGAAAWCAAGGAACAGGAUGGUUCAGAGGAGUAAUUUUGUGCCAAGUAUAGCAGUUUCUUAUGAACUACUGAAGGCCUGCAUGGGCAAGGAUCUCAAGGAGGGGGGAAAAAAAAGAGUAUUAUUUUUAAGUAUGUUAUUUUUAUAUUGUUUUUGUUGUUUUAACUUCAGCUGCUGGUAGGUUCCAAUUUUAGAGUGAAUAUCUAGCAAACUCAAAAGCAGUAGAUGUUCUCCGGGAACAUACAUGCUUUCAGUUGUGAAAGAGACRACAAAGGUACAUCCUCUUUGUUUUGUUUUUUGAUCAUCAAGACAUCAGGAAAAUGGAUUCCUAAUGGUACUGGGUUAAAACUGUGGCAAUAAACAAGGCAAGAGUAUUUUGUCCAGGAUUUCCUCCUCUCUCACAAGAGAUUUGUCCUGUGUGCAAGCUGAUGACUUCUCGAGGGCCAUGUUCAAGCCAGCUCCACCUUGCACAGAUGUUGGCUCUGUUUCCUAGCGUCUGAGCACAGGAGGGGACAUUGAGUGCCACUUCUACCACUUCCUCCUGGAAAAUGCAACACAUUUAGCAUGCUGGUGGCCAUGCAAAGAUCCUUUCUGCUGCCCAAAAGAGUCCUGUUCAUGUAAAUCAUUGUGAAUACUUGAGCUCGUGAUCUUCUAGUUCAGAAGUAACGUUACGGGUGUUUUUCUCUGUUCUCAAACUGCUGUUAAAUACUUCUGUACCACUGUGUGGACCUAUAGCAAAUACUGUUAGCUUUGCUUUUUUAUAGGAAGAGUUUUGAAAGCCUAAAACAAUUUGCAUUUCUGUUGCAAUGCCUGUAGUGCUCRUGUUUUACAAAGAUCUUGCACCUUUGGACUCCAAGGAAGAGUGAGGGUGCAAUGAAAAAAUAAUGAUGUGGUGAUCUAGCCAUGUAGUAAUGCUUUGCACUUGGCCUAUAAGAGWUGCUGGUUUAUUAAAUAAAGGAUAAAAAAAGAAGCAAAACUGUCUCUUUUCAGCAGACAGUUUCUCUGGAGUGCAAGAUAUACGAGUGAUCCAUAAGGUAAGCCUAUAUAUAUACAUAUAGUGGCUUUAACCAUGUUGAAAUGAAGGUGAUGGCAUCAACAACCAUGUUGAAACAAAGGUGGAGAUCAGCCCUUGAUUUCUUAUGCAAGUUACCCUUCUUCAUCACCUAGUAGUCUUUAAAAUUACCUCUUAAAAACUGGAAAAUAGCACAGUUCACUUGAGUGCUGUAGUUGGAAUGCCCCUUGGUUUCUGUGUCUAUGUAUCAGUGGACUAAGGGGGAAUUAAAUUGCCUUUUCCAUACAAAUAUUUGGCUUGCCUAGGUGUGCAGUUAGUGAGAUAUUUGCAGUUUUGUGUAGCUUUAGACAACCUGGGAAGUUCUUUCUAAAACAUCUUACCCUCACUGUUUCUURACUAAUAAUACAGAGUGCCUUCUAAUUUGUAGACAGUAUUGUAUAUCUUGCCUACAAUAAUGUUAAACAGAUACAAGAAUGUCUAAAAUGAAAAUGUCUUUACUAAAAAUGUUGUUGUUUACAUCAGAAGAAAUACAUAUUUCUCGCUGUGUUAACUAAGCUGGCAUUGCAGCUUGGCUCUGUAUGUACUCAAUUCUUCACGUGUAAUAGUAUAUAUCAUUAUCACACUGAUUGUUAGGCUGGUUCCAAGCAGUAUGUUGUAUCGGACUUCGCUGC